GUUGUGUUCUGUUUGGGUGAUAAAUGUAGCACAGUCGACCUGAAAAGCCCAUCACGACCAGAGAGUCGGAUCGUGGAGUCGCUGGAGCGCACAUUUACCGCACAAAUUAGUAGCAGGCUUGUUAGCACAUUAAAAUAGCACGUGUCCCUCUGCUGAAUACUGUGGAAUUAGCCCGAAAUAAAACUGCCACCGGCCAUCCGGACUGUGCGUGGUGCUACGAAAGUGAGCCAAGUGAAUUUUCAUACUCGCCUUCGCCCUGGAGCUUUAGAGAGAGACAGGAAGGAGAGAGACCGGAAAGGAAGUUACAGGCUUGGCGCCGGGCGAAUCCUUGUUCAGAUUUGUUACUGCUACCGACAGGCAAGAGGCCAACAAGUACCCUUUUCCGGUGGAUCACAGCGUCGCGCCGACGAGCUUUUAAGUCACCAUGCGCGUGGAAAUGAAUCUGGAUGUUCAGCGAUGUCACGAAGACGACGACAUCGACAGCAGAAUAGCGGAGUUUAAGCAAGACUCGGACAAAAUGCACGAUCUGAACCUAUUCAUCGACAGCGUGCUCGCAGAAGCGCAGAAGAAUGCGGAAGUGAAGCUGCAGGAAAAGCUCGAACAAGAUCGGCCGAAAAACGGAAACAAACUACUCACCGGCAUCAAGCAGCACCGGGUGGUUACGCGCACCAGAGGGAUCGUGCUUCGAAUUUUCGAGGCCAUCUGCAACUGCACCAAUUCCGCCACCAUCCCCGGUCAGCGUCCGGCGACUGCACCGGCAAACUUGGCAUCAUCAUCCAGAAACUAAUGCCGAUCGGAGAGCGAUUGGGAAAACAGUGUAAUCGUACUGAGAUGCAUUGCUGUUAGUUUGUAUUAUUUUAAGCUUCCUUUUCUACACUGAACACUAUACGUAUACAAUUUGAAUCUGAAGAUUGGUAAACAUUUUGUGUCAACAGUGGAUUGACUGUUACAAUAUUCUAAUCAAAAAAAUAAUUCGUGUAUAGGACAUGAAACAAAACAAGCAUACCCGUUUACAAUGACCAUAUCCUUAUUGAUAUGGAUUGAAGUAAUGAGAACCGUACGGAUUUGUGAUGCGUACCAGCAUUAUACAUGAACUGCACAGCCCACCGCCCACCUUAGUCAGACAAAUCCUAAAAUCACCGAUGACAAACUCUGGCCUUUUGGAACGCACAAAUCUAUUACAAAUUAUCUCCGGAUCAACGGUUUCACGUACAAAGCGUCUUCUACGAAGCAGGUUCACCCAACGGUCUUAAAAUAUUGCCCAUAAUCACAAAGUCAUAAAAUUACCGGUACCAUUCGCAGAUGCGACAUUCAGUCCUCUGUCGCUGAGUGAUCCUGAGAUUUGGAAUAAUCACCCUCAUCAGCCGGGAUGCCUUUUAGAGGUUUUACUUUCGCUGGACUCGUUUGGUCAUAAAGGGUAUGACAAUCAAAAUUAUGAGCAAUAUUUUUCACACUCCAGCGUACCACACCCAGAGCAAAGAAUGUCGGACCCAACCGGCCAAGGCCCCGAACCUGUAAAGCAAAUCUCACUUAUUUUACUACGUACUCUGCAUACUGACUUUAUUCACAGACUUUGAGGUCUUAGUAGAUAAACAUUUGGUUUUAGUAGGAUACCUUUCUGCACUAUCGCAGCAAUAUCAUCAUGUAUGUGUAGUGAACAAUAA